AUGACAUUGUGGAAGCUGAUUCUACGGAGAGCUGUAUCUCCUCGUGGAUAUAACCCUGUUCGACUGCUUCACGUCCUAUCCUGUGAAAUACCUGACAAAUCAUUCAUCAACAUUCGUGGACCUGAUGCUCAUAAGUUCUUGAAUGGAUUAGUUACCGCAAAACUAAUCCCUAACAUUGUGAAAAAAAGCUUGGCCACCAUAUCUCCGGAUGAUAAAGCUACUAUUGAUAUUCAUUCUGAUGUAGGUCAGUUUGAUAUGGGCAUCGGAAGUUGGGGGAUAUACAAAGAAGGCGUUUUCGCAGAGGGCCCUUAUAUCUCUAGAUUUGGGACGUAUGCAGCUAUACUUAAUAGCAAAGGUAAGAUUUUAACUGAUACAAUUAUUUAUCCAAUCCCAUUUUCUGUGGGUGAUCCCAUGGAAAGGAGGUACCCGGAAUUAUUAUUACAAUGUGACUCUUCGUUUGCUGAUUACUUACAAGAGCUGUUUGAAACGCACAAGUUACUGCAAAAGGUAAAGAUAGCCCGUAUGAAAAACUUAAAGCUAUGGAAUCUUACGAUUAAUAUGAAUGAAUAUCCAGAAUGGAACAAUUAUUUUAGCUGGAAAUCUGCAUUUUGGGAACCCAUGACAUCUUUGAGGACUCCAGAGGAAGCCUUACAGUUCAGUAACUGGUUUUUGGAGCAAUUCUUCCCUAAUAAUAAUAAUAAAAUAGUUGCUGCCUAUUAUGAUACAAGAAAUACAGACCCCGAUGAAAAGUCGAACCACUUUUAUUUUGUGACCACUGACGAUGUGCAUGAUAUCAAUUCCUUGUUUGACCCUCAAAUGGUUCAGUCGCCCACGGCACGAGGAAAUAUAACGCUACAACAACUAAGAAGGCUAAGAUUUCGCAGGAGUGUCCUCGAAGGGAUAGAUGAAUUAGCCCCCGAAUCUUUGUUACCUCUUGAAAUGAAUUUUGACCUCUAUGAAGACUGUUUAAGCUUUGAUAAAGGAUGCUACGUGGGUCAGGAAUUAACGGCAAGAACUCAUGCCACUGGAAUUCUCAGAAAGCGCUGUAUCGCAGUUGAACUUGAAAGCCCAGAGAAUAUUCAGAACACUACAACACAAGGGAAAUACUUAGACAUCUACACCGAUCAUAUACUAUCAAAUACAGAAACAACCGUAGUAUCAGACAUUAACAAUCCGUUUGGUACGACCCAAAACAGGCCUAGAGCAAAGAAAAAGCGGCCUAUUGGAAAACUACUCAAAUUUGAUGGUUCCGAUGGGGUUGCCUUGAUGAGACUUGAUUAUAUUGAGGAAGCCCAUAGACUUGUAAAGCUUCCCUGUUAUGUGUUUGCAUCAGAUACCCAAGAAAAGGUCGUUCUACAUAUAGACCAGAAACGCAGGCCGUUGUAUAACAGUGGCAUACAGCUUUUAAAGACUUAG